AAAGAAAAAAACUUCUAGGGUUUUUAUUUUAAGUCCUUCCCCUAAGGGGAAUGUGAAAAGCAUACUAGGUCGAGAUAUUACAAAAGUAUGUUGACGCUAGGAGAAGAUCAUACCGGUAUAAUCCGGAUAAGUUCGAUGAGGUCUAGGCCAAAGAAGCUUCGAAUACAUGGCUACGAGAUUCCUGAUCUUAACGCAGAGCCUUGUUUGGAUUAUGAUGGGGAAGAAACAGGGGAGGCCACUCAUGAGGCUACUUGUUUGAGACCUCAGGAUGCAGAUUAUUGUUUACUAAACGUUCCUCAGCUCUUUUACGAGCUAGAGGUCGAGAUACUCGCACGCGUGCCGCGUUUCGAGUAUUGGAAACUUAAGUUACUUAAUAAAGGGUUUUCGAGUUUGCUAAAGAGCGAUGAGGUUUACAAGGUGAGAAGAGAGCGCGGUGUUGUUGAGCCCUCUGUCUUUAUGCUGUCGAGUGGGGAUACGAGCUGGACUAUGUUUGAUAAGGAUUUUGAUAAUUUUCAGAAGCUUCCUGAACUUCCUUCUGACAUAUGCUUCCUUAAUGGUGAUAAAGAAUCGCUCUGCGCCGGGACUCAUUUGAUUGUCACUGGGAAAGAAGAGAGUAGCAUUGCGCUGUGGCGGUAUGAGCUGGAGACGAGUAAAUGGUUCAAAGGUCCUGCGAUGAUCACGCCGCGAAUCUUGUUCGCUUCUGCUACCUGUGGGACAGUUGUGUAUGUAGCUGGUGGGUUGAAUAUAGAUGGGAACGGGACUAUGGAAGUUGUGAACAGAGUGGAGAAGUACGACUCUGAGACCAAAACGUGGACACUACUCCGCGGAAUGCAUAAGCGGAGGAAGUUCUGCUCCGGAUGUUACCUGCGCGGCAAGUUUUAUGUUCUCGGAGGCCGGGAUGAGAACGGUCAAAACCUAACUUGUGGAGAAAGUUACGACCAGAAGACAAACACAUGGGAACUAAUACCGGACAUUCUCAAAGACAUGUCUUUCUCUUCUGUUCAAUCUCCCCCACUCAUCGCCGUGGUUAAUAAUAAUCUUUACUCGUUGGAAACUUCCGCGAACGAGCUUCGUGUUUAUGAUGCAAAGGCAAACGCCUGGAAGAAGCUUGGAGAUGUGCCUGUGAGAGCUAAGUCUAAUGGAGGAUGGGGAGUAGCGUUUAAGUCGCUUGGAGACAAGCUGCUUGUGAUCGGAGCAUCUUCGGGUCCGUCUAGAGCCGAGACAAUGUCCGUUUACACGUGUCUCCCGUCCCCUGAUCCUGAGAACAAGCUGCAUUGGGAGGAGUCUAAACGCUGCUGUGGCGUGAAGCUCAACCAUUUUAUCCUAAACUGUUGUGUAAUGAUUGCUUAAGAGUCUUCGCUAGAGCAAAACUGGGCUAACUUAUGGUUUUGUUUUUGUGUGUGUGUGUGUAUGAUUGAAUAAAACAUUGUGGCGUGCCACACGAUGAAACUCUAAUCGCUGUUAUUCAUCUUGAGGUUUUGGUGAAAGCUGGUGAUUGCCCAUCUUGUGAUAUAUAUAUAUGUCUUGAACUUUUGUAAAAUUGUGUUUAAAUUUAA